GUCUGUGGUGUGUGGCAGUGUGGCUGUAUCUGUUGGCGGAGGCCCUCCCUCCUCUUGCUCGCAUUUCGCACUUACAGAUUGAAAGUCAGCGCUUUAGCCCUGCCAUAAUAUACUCAGUCAGUUCAGUGCUGUUUGCAGAGCUAGAGCGAGGUACAACGCUUCCAACGCUCCAAGGCUAGCUAUGAUUGUGAACGUGAAGUGUGCUGCCCAUUUCUAGUCCCAGGAUAGAACCCUGUCAAGCGUACCCCGUUACCGCACUCUGCCAGGAAGUCAAAACCAACGCGUUGCCCUCUCUAGCUCUCUCUCUCUCUCUGAUGCAACGCUCUGCGCGGCCGCAGAUUUCGCAAGCGCCUUUUCAUUUGUACGAGUAGCUGUAGAAAGGUGAGGCAAUUCGCAAGUGCGGUAGGUCCACGUACUAUCAGUACCACUAGUCACUCUGCUCUUGGCUAGAUGUUUUUAGCCUGCAGCUUGGCCGCUAGUUCGCGCUGCUCAGCUAAUCAGUCCCGCUGCUAAUACGUUAGUUUUGCGCUGGCGUCAGCUGGACUGCUCGCUAGUGAUCGUUGCCGGUCCCCACCUCGAUAGCAGCGCAGUUUCAACAAGUGCCGUACCAAGGCUCUACCGCUAACCGUCGAUUUCCGUUGAGUUUGGACAGGCUGCGCUACCAGCAUCGUACACCGUACAACUGUUGCUGGUGAUAAUUCGUCAAAACACUUGCCACGCUCAGGAGCAGUUUCAUUUCUUUUGCAGCGUUGCACUGCACUGCACGACUUUCGUGGUCGUUGUGUGUGUCGGAACGAGUGUUGGACUGGUGGGUGUUUGUGUGCAGCAGUGAGAAGUUUUGGCAAUGGAGCCGCAACAGCUGCAGCGCAACGCCUUGGUAGCAAGCGCUGUGUCAUGCCAAGGCCACGAGCAGUGUAAUGUGUCCUUGGAUUCUACGGCGUCUAGCCGUGGGAGUGAGUACGAUGGUGAGGCGAAGGUGGAUGCUGCUGCCCCUGCUUCUGGUGGUGGUGCGGGAUGCUUCGAAAGUCUGCGUCAGGCAGUACUGGCUAAGAGCGUGGAAAGCCUUCGAACCAUGCUCGACUUACCCAGUAGCAGUACUAUCUCAACGCCCAGUGUUCUGCAGGAAGAGGAACACGCGGACAGGCUGGCCUACAGAAAAUCAAUCCUCUCGACCCUGGACUCGGAGGGCUUGACUGUGCUGCAUCAGGCCAUCUUCACCAAAUCCGUUCCAGUGUUGUCUGCGCUGAUCGAAGCUGGUGGGGACGUUAAUGCACGUGAUGAAGAGGGCUGUACACUAUUGCAUACAGCUGCAAUGGUUGGAAACUGCUUGAUUGCUGGAUGGCUGCUGAAAGAGGGUGCAAAUCCAACGGCGACGGAUGCUGAAGGCCUUCUGCCCAUCGAUCGCACGGAGGAUUGUGGCAUGGAGGAUUUGUUACUGAGUGCAAUGUCGCUGGCAGGGUAUGCGCAACACCGCGCUGGUUUGGCAUGUGAUUUUUCGGAAGCGGAAGAUUCAGACUACGGCACUGGGACAUCAUCUGUGGGAUCAUUCAGUGAGGAUGAAGACGGUGUCUUGUCCUUGAUGAGCUGUACUUGGGAAGACGAUGAAUGCAGUGCCAGUAGCCGUACUACUACUCCUGAUCCUAAAGACCAGCAGUUACCCUAUGCAAAUGACAGCUCUGCAGAGGCAGCGGCUGAGUCAUCAAGGCAGCCCAGUUCCUGCCCAAUGCCCUGUCUGGGUACUUGGCGGUCACAAGUCGCAGCCUGUGAACUGCAGAGGGAAAGACUUGUGCCUGUAAGCUGCGGAGAGUGUACUUCAGACAAUGCCAACCCCAUAGAUCAUGAUCUCACUCUGUUACAUCACCGCACUGCUUGUACUGCUGAAUCAACAGCCGCAGCACGUGGCACAACUGGAGUGGCAUGUGAGGAUAGUGAAAGUGCAGAUGCCAAGCUUGCAGCGACCAACAGUACUGCAACUACUACUAGCAGCAGAAACAGAAGGCUUGUUGUGGAGACUCCUUCACCAACGGAAGUGCUUACAUUGUCGUCCACAGCACUCAGCCUGGCUGACGGUGUACGCAUGUGGCAGCGCCUGAGCUCACAAUCAUGCGAGGACGCCAGCAGUCCCGUUUCCCAGGAAUUCCGCUUUGCCCCGGUAUGCCCACCUGAUCACCGUACGUCAACAUCACGCAACCUUCAUCAGACCGAGUCCCAAACUGCGGUGGCAUUGCAGGAUGAAGAAGACAUUCAUAUCUGGUCUGACACUCACAGACGGAUCAUCUUCAAGGGCUUCCAGAUCGUGAACAAGAGCCAUUCGGACGUGAUAUGUCGUGUAAAGGUUGCACAGGCAACGGCAAGGACGGCAGAGGCUAGGUCUAGCUCACCCAGUCACGGGGUGACCAGAGGGGAUACGGUGAGUGAGUCUGAUUUCGGCUGGGUCCUACCGAAGGGAAGGACACAACACCACACGGCACACAGGUCAAUACUUCGCCAUUCAUCUCUCAAUACUGGCGGCCCUGUCGCAGCAACCGGAUCUCUGAAGCGAGGCUCACUGGCCUCUCGUCGUCGCCGACAGGUUAAGUUUGUGCCGCAUGUUGUCUUAGAAGAUGCAGUGCAGCGUGGGGAUGUAGACGAAGUGGAGAGACUGUUCUCGUCAUCGCGGAUAGCUGUGACAACCAUGCUGCCGUCAGGACUGUUGCCUCUGCAUCUAGCCGUGUUGAAUCGGCAGCGUGGCAUCGUACAGUUUCUCAUCGCGCAGGGAGCUGACGUGAACGGCCGCGACACAGACGAUUGGACACCGCUGCACGCUGCCGCUCUGGAAGGCACCGUGCCCAUCGCAAACCUGCUGCUGGAGUACCAUAGCAACCCGUUGGCAACCACCAACGAUGGUCGCACUCCGCUCAUGCUGGCUAGCAAUGCUAACGUUCGCCUGGUGCUGCAGAAUGCCAGUCGUGACAUCAUGAGCAAGGCUGCCAAGCAACGUCGGGCAUGGCAGGAAAGCGCAACACUCCUGGAUGAGGACUGCGACGAGGAGUCGGACAUUUCCGAUGACGAUAGCGAGGGUGGAAGCCAAAGUGGUGAGGAAUCUGAUACUGAAGAAGAUGAUGAAACCCACGGCUCACCAGUUAGGCGCAGUAGCUCAUUACUGGUUAGUGAAGACGAGGCAUCUGAUGAUGAUGAUGACGACGAUGACGACAACAAUGAUGAGACUGCUGCUAGUACUGGUGGCGAUGCUGCAGACUUGCCAACUGCCAAUCCAACAGAUGAGGAGAAGGCCCUUGCCAUGGGGCUAGUUGACUUUGUAGAAGGUGAUGCAGAAAGUGAUGCAGCAGCACAUCAGGUCGCCAGCAUCCCUGCACAAGAAAGCAAUGAUCAGAGUGUCCGUGCAGGGGAAAUGGUAGCGGCCGCAGCAACGAUGGCACCAGAAACAGCAGAGACAAACAUCGAAGUAGCAGUAGCAGCAGCAGUAGUGGAAGAACCAGCAGCACCAUCAACAGCAGAAGACACAGCAGCAGCAGUACCAGGAGACACAGCAGCGCCCUCAACAGCGGAAGGGCCAAAGUCAUCAUCACGAUCGGUACGUUUCUCUCCGAACAUCUUGCUGAGGCACGCCAUACUGAACAGUAACUCACGGGAGGUGGAGCAGCUUCUCGGUGAUUUCGACUCGACUGAGCUGGGCCUCAACCUGGCCGAGAUUAGUGGGGUGACCGCCGUGCAUCAAGCAGUGCUCGAGGAAGCUACCACCAUCCUCUUACAACUGCUGGAAGAUGGCCGAUCGGACAUCAAUGCUAAGGAUGCGGACGGUUGGACGCCACUCCAUGCUGCUUCGGCUAUUGGCAACCUUGAGAUUACACGUACACUCCUAUCCCACGGCGCUAGUGCAACCGUGCUCAGCGAUGAAGGUAAAUUCGCUAUUGAACUUUCAGAGAAUGUUGAACUUGAAGGCCUUCUUCGCCAGGCUAUGCAUACGGAAUAGUGUCAUGUAGUGCGAUAUGAAUCCUUUUUUCAAGUACGCAGAUGCCCAACCAUGCAAAACAUAUUUGUGAUCUGUAUUCGUUUUUGAUGAACAAAGAAAGAUGAUUGUUUUGUUUCAACCAGACUAUUUUCAGAGAGUACUAUGAACCUUAAUCCUCCAAUAGAGAAGUUAGAUGGUAUUGACCCGAUACCAUUUUCUUGUUACUUUUGAGUCUCGAUACUUUUGUCAAUUUAAAUAUCACGCCAGUGCUACGCUUUCAAGUCCAAACAUCCCAUUCAUUUUGGCACAGUCCAAUUUUUUUUAAACUUCGCUGAAUUUGCAGAAUUCCAUGCUGCAUACUUUGAAUCAUGCCAAGUGCAUAAUUGAUCAUAUAAAAUUUCGAAUAUUUGAAGAGAAGUGUCCAGAGCAAUAAACCUGCAGACGUUAA